AUGACUAUGUCAGAACGAAUCCCUACCACACAUACCUCACAAAGUCACAGCGAAAUGCUUGGGUCAUCAGCAAGUCCAGCAUCCACGCCCUCUCUUCCUCCCACCUCGACUCCGUAUCACAGCGAUGUCCGAGACAGAAACCCCUACAACUCCCAGCUACAGCCAACCACACCCGAGGAAGACGGAAACUACUCCGUGUUCAGCAGUGAUAGUUCUACUAGCAACUCAGACCCCGACUUUGCAAGCAGCAAAAUAUUUAGGAAGCGUCUUGCUCGUCGGAAGGACAUGGGUAUUGUGACUGGGAAAGGUACAGUUACAAGAGCGCGUGGUUUGUUGGCUGCGCCUAAUACGAACGUGGCACAAGUAAGCAGCUGUGAAGGCAGUUUUGUUGAUGUUAGUUUGUCCGAGGGCUCAGAAGAAAACGGUAAUGCAACGUCAUUGAAAAGACUCUCCAGCAAAGGCUUUCCCGAUCCGUCGAGCUCGCUGGUAGGUAGCCAGAACAGAUUUGCGCAAGGGAAUUGGCCCUUGUCGAAUGGUGGAGGAGUGCCUGUGAAUGUUGCGCACGUCGAACAACUAUUUGCAUCUGGGGCAUCAGGGGGCUCGCUUAAUACUGCUCAGUCCGGACGAAACGGCAAUGAAUUUAGAACCACUGCAGACGUUCAUGGCAAGAAUGAGGCUUCAUCUACAAGGUUUCCACCGCAAGUUUCAGCGCCUUCUACACCCAGAGCACCAGGAGUAGUAUACAGAUCAAAUUAUCACUUCAGUCCAGGACACUCGAGAGCGGCUAGCUUUCAGUCUUCGGUUUCUAGGGUCAGAGCUCCACCUAAACAUCUUGGUGAGCGUAAGUUCAUUGAUCUAGCUGCUGCCCGCAGUCCCUUGGGAGACCAUACGCAAAGGUUGACGGAUAGCGGGAUCGCUGCGCAAGAAAAUCGUACUGUGCCUCGUAUAUUUCAGAAACCAGACCCGAUCAAGGGGCGUGAGCCUGAACAGACCUCCGGAAGCAGGAACCCUCUCGCGGGUGCAAAAUACUCUACAGAAUUACAAACCUCCUCGUCGACACUGCGGGAAAGGCCUAUCAAACCGCCUCCUCAGCAGACUAUCCUAAAUGCCUCUUCGAAGCCAACUCAACCAGAUUCAUCAUUAUCCAAUGCAACAACACCUUCAAAGAAUCCCCCACACGAAGCAAAUCUAUCACUCUCCCUCCACUCCCCCACCACCUCACGCCAAACGAGCUUCCUCCCACCCUCAACCCGCCAAACCAGCCCUCUUCCACCAUCCCACCAACCUACCACCCCAACCCCCACAGCACCACCCUCCCUCUUCGCCCACUCAACAGACACAACCCUCCUCAACACCCCCCACCACCCCUCCAUCUCCUUCCCCCCCUCACCCACACCCGCCAACCCUCUCCCUUCCCCCUCCCACCCCCCAGCACCCUCACCUACCUCCGCACCACCCACGACAACCUGCACACACGCACCCAAAAAACCCUCACCAGCCACGCAAAACGCGAAGCCCGAAUCCUAG